UGCACCCCUACCCCAAACAAAACUUCCUCGAUGUUGGAGAAAAACAGUAACAUCACAAUCAAAUGAAACAGCAGUACUGAUAAUAGCCAAUGCCAUCAUUCACCAACCAUUUUAAAAUUCAAAUACAAACGAGGUUGGGAAUUUACGUGAGCAACCGGUAAGAGGGGGAUCACCUUUAAUCUGGGCACCCUCAUCUGGCGACAUCCAUCAAUUAGCAUUUGGAUUCUCACCUAAAAAAAACUGACCACAUUCUACACUUCCAAAUUCAAACACUAGUUUCACUACAAAUAGGACUACGCUGGAUUCUACAUUGCCAGUUUUCAAAAGACCGGCGGGUUUUUUCGGCCAUCCGAUAUCAUUACAUUUAGACAUACGGGUGUUAUUGAACAUUCACAUUCGUAUCACCUGUUUCCAAACCGAUACUUGCCCGUUAUACCGCCGAUACUGUACGGCCGUUUUUAGUGCUCUUUGUUCGUGUUACGUAUCGUUUGAUACUCCUGUUACCUUACAUCGCUACUGUUAGUACGAGGUGCGGUUUCGCUGUUUGAAACCUUGUUAAGCAAAUCGUACACGUACGACAGGCAACCACUUGCGGAGAUAUGGAAGUGAUAAUGAUACCGUCACCGUCUGUCAAUUCGGACUUCCACAGCGCAUCCGCCCCCACCAGCCCCACCCGCACCUUCAACACCUCUCCCGACGGAAGCGGCGUCACCACCUCCGCCAGCUCUCCGUCAACAAUUCCCUCCCGUUGGGAAUUGAAGCCCGCACUUCCAAAACCACAAGAUAAUAAAUCCAGCAACCACGAAGAUGGCGACAGCUUCGAAUUCCAUUUCAGCGGACAGUUACAGAGGACCGCCGACGAGCUCUUCGACGGCGGCAAAAUCAAGCCUUUGAAGCCGCCGCCGCCAAAUGGACUUACCAAUUCAGUGGAAUCGCCGUCUGACACAAAGAAUCAGAUAGAAGUUCUGUCUCCACGGAAUAAGAAGUGCGAUUCCGGACAAUUGGCGGCCCCAAUCGAACAGAGUCAUUGUACUUCUUAUUCCGCGGAGACAGAACUGUACGACCUCUCUUUUCACGGAAUACAGAAUCCGAUGUCUCAAGAGAAUCGAAAUGAACGGACAGAAAAACGAGAAAGAGGAAGAGAGAGGACGUACAAUUCGUCGGUGUCGAGUCGGAAACAGAGAGGAACCAGAUCUCUGUCUCCGUUCAAAUUCAGCGAAAGCUGCAGAAAAUUCUCGAAUCCAUUGCCACCGAGUACAGCGAAAGACUCCUCGUCUAAGAAAUGGAAGCUGAGAGAUUUGUGGCUGAAGAAGAGUAACGAGGAGGAAGUACUGAAGAAGUACUCGGUAAUGAAGAAGAGUGGUGGUGGUGAGGACGUGAAGGAGUCGAGUUUUGGGUUGACGGAGAGCAGUGGUGGUGGUGGAGGUAGGGUGAGGAGGAGAGGAGCGGUGUCGGCUCACGAGUGGCAUUACGCGGCGAAGAAGGCGGCGGCGGAGGAGAUGAGGAGGAAGACUGUUUUGCCUUACAAGCAUGGGUUGCUGGGUUGCAUGGGGUUCAACUUCAAUCCGGCCGUUCAUGAGAUCUCCAGAGGCAUUGGUUCUCUGACACGUGGAUAACGCGAAUUUUUUGUUUAAUUUUUCUUUUGCAAAAGAUUAAACUGUGCCUAAUUUCUUGACGCAUCCCAGGCUCUAGCAUGCGGUCUUAGAGAGGGCGUUCUGUCCACGAGAGACGU